AUGGAGACGACCGCCAGCAAGAUGGUGAAGCCGGUGUACUCGGCGCCGCACCCGCUCGCAGGCGAGAUGAUCCCGCUGACGCUCUUCGACCGCGCCGCCAUGGACAUCUUUGUUUCCCUCAUCCUCGUGUACCCCGCGCCGACUCCGUCCAACGAGGCGCUCAUGGAGGGCCUGCGCAGGGCUGUCGCGCCGUACCCUCACCUGGCCGGACGGCUCGCCGUCGACCGCUCAGGCAGGCGUUCCAUCCACCUCAACAACGACGGCGUGCUUGUCCUGGACGCCGAGGUCCCUGUCGAUAUGGCGAGCGUGGUCGCCGACUGCUGCUUUACCGCCACCACCGAGGGCCUGUACCCUGGACUGCCGCCGCCGGGGGAGAACAUCGGGGCGGCGCUGCUGCAGAUCAAGCUGAACCGGUACAAGUGCGGCGGCCUCGUGAUCGGCAUCAUCCACCACCACCACGCGGCCGACGGCCACUCCUUCAGCAACUUCCUCACCACCUGGGCCAGCGCAGUUCGCCAAGCCAGCGACUUCACCGCCCCGUCCCCUUCCCUCGACCGCGCGGCGACCGCCGUGCCUCGGAGCGUGCCGACACCGGCGUUCGACCACCGGUGCACCGAGUUCAGCGGAGAAGAAGACGGCUGUCGUAGCUCCUCCUACUCCCACCCCACGUGCAAGAUCAAGAAUCUCACGCUGCGCUUCACGGCCCAGUUCGUCACAGAGCUCAAGGCCCGCGUCGGCGCCCCAUGCAGCACGUUCCAGUGCCUUCUCGCGCACGUGUGGAAGAAGAUCACGGCGGCGCGCCGCCUGAAGCCCGACGAGUUCACGCAGGUCAGGGUGGCCGUGGACUGCCGGGGCAGGGCCAACCAUGCCGUCCCGCCGGACUUCUUCGGGAACAUGGUGCUGUGGGCAUUCCCGAGGCUCCAAGUCCGGGACGUCCUGGGCUGGACCUACGGCGGCGUGGUAGGUGCCAUCCGCGACGCCAUUGGGCGCGUCGACGCCGCGUACAUCCAGUCGUUCGUGGACUUCGGGAGCUUGGCGGACGUGAACCGAGAGGAGCUCGCGGCCACGGCGCCAACCUCCGGCACGAUGCUCUGCCCGGACCUGGAGGUGGACAGCAGUCUGGGUUUCAGGUUCCACCAGAUUGACCUCGGCCAUGGGCCGCCAUCCGCGUUCCUCAUGCCGGACUUGCCCGUCGAGGGGCUCAUGACGUUUGUGCCAUCGUGCUCAGCCAAGGGCGGCGUCGACGUCCACAUGGCCGUCGCCGAGGGUCACGUCGCGGCGCUUGAGCAUAUAUGCUACUCCUUGGACGAAAGAGCUAAACCGAAGUUGUAA